CAAGGAAGCAAGAACAACAACAGCAGCAAACACAGUGAUCGCUCUCACAAUAGAAAGAAAGAGACGAAAAAAGUCAGCAGCGUUUGGCCUCUGUUGGUUGUUUGUGCUCAAAAUGGAUCCUCGUCUUGAGCUGGAGCUGCAUGCGACCCAAAAGGAGGAAGACCAGGAACCAGAGCCAGAGCAGCGGCAUUUGCUGACACCCGUGAAGGAUGUAGCUCCUCCCCUGCCUUCUACUCCUCCUCCUCCAGCAAUUGCCAAUAGUAACUCAACAAAUUCAAUUGGCGAAUAUAUAACGCCAAUCACACCCACAGCCAGUACACCAAGAGCUCCCUCGCCGCUUCAGCUCAAUACCCAACCAGGAACCUCGAGGCAACUUUUUAAGGAGGCAGCUCUGGCCCAUGGAGGCCUCGAGUCCACUAGCCUUUUGCAGCACGAGCAAGCCGUGUCAAUGCCACCCAAACUGAGGAGUGCCAGUUCGACAUUGGAUGCCACGGUAUCCCGUAAUCCCUCUACCGCUGGUGGAAGGCAUGAGAAAAAGAUCGGCCAUCGGCGGGUGGUGGAAGGCGGCGAAGUCACUUACAAGAAGAUUCAAUCGAAACAGAUAAUGGGUUCCAUUCAAUUGGGCAUUCACAACACUGUGGGUAGUCUAGCGAGCAAACCGAAACGGGAUCUGCUCAUGAAUGACUUCUGGGAAACAGAGACUAUAUCAUUUCCCCCGGAUGGAUCGUCCAUAACGCCAGCCCAUCACUAUAGUGACUUUCGUUUCAAGGUUUAUGCUCCGAUAGCAUUUCGUUAUUUCCGUGAUUUAUUUGGCAUUCAACCCGAUGAUUUCCUAUUCUCAAUGUGCGCCUCUCCUCUUAGAGAGCUGUCCAAUCCUGGAGCCUCGGGCUCCAUAUUCUAUCUAACGGAUGAUGAUGAGUUUAUUAUUAAGACGGUGCAAAAGAAGGAAUGCGAGUUUCUUCAGAAACUGCUGCCCGGCUACUAUAUGAAUCUGUCCCAGAAUCCUCGAACACUAUUGCCCAAAUUCUUUGGUCUCUAUUGUUUCCACUACAAUUCAAAGAAUGUGCGCCUGGUGGCCAUGAAUAAUUUGCUACCGUCUGAUAUUAAGAUGCAUUGUAAAUACGAUUUGAAGGGAUCGUCGUUUCGACGCAAAGCCUCCAAGGCAGAGAGACAGAAGGCGAGUCCCACAUUCAAGGAUUUGGAUUUUGCCGAGCAUCAUCCGAAUGGCAUAUUCCUCGAGACGGACAAGUACAAUGCCCUAAUGAAGACCAUACAAAGAGAUUGCACAGUUCUUGAGAGUUUCCAAAUUAUGGACUAUUCCCUGCUGUUGGGCAUACACAAUCUGGACUUGGCAGCCAAGGAGAAGCGAGAGGAGCGCAUACGCAAUGCCCGGGCCAAGCUAGAGAAGAAGGAGAAUGUGAACGAUGACGAUGCACCAGAAGCGGAUCAGUAUCAAUUGCAUGCAGUUGCCUCCUAUGCCUCCAUACCAGGAACAUCUGGAGCCGGCCUGAAUCGCACUAGAAGCAUGAAUCGGCAGCGUCUGGUGGCUCAUUCAACGGCCAUGGAGUCGAUAACAGCCGACAUGGAUGUCACUCUGGAUGAGGACGAGGAUGUACCGGCUGGUGGCAUACCAGCACGUUCCGAAAAUGACGAACGUCUAAUCCUCUACAUUGGCAUCAUUGAUAUAUUGCAAUCCUAUCGAUUGGAAAAGAAACUGGAGCACACAUUCAAGAGCAUUCUGUAUAAUGGUGACACCGUUUCCGUAUGCCAUCCAUCGUUCUACGCCAAGCGUUUCCAAGAAGCCAUGGCCAAGCAGGUGUUCAAGAAGACGCCAACAUUUCCAUUGAAACAUUCCCCCUCAAAGCGCAAGACCUCCUCCACCAUUCAAUUGCUGCGAACGCCUCAGCCUCGAAAUUCAGCUGCCUCACAGAAUGCAGCUGGAGUAGCCGCUGGUGUCAGGCCAGCGGCUGGUCUAACCAUGCUUUCUGGUAUGUCUACUCCGCCUCCAGCCUUCGACGACAUUUCCGAGGAAGACAUCACGGCGGCCUCCACCACGACUCUGCAACAGCAGAACCAUAGCCAAUCGAACAACAAUCAGGGCGACAGAGCAGCAGACCAAAUCGAUCAACGGAUAAACGAUAGCCGGGAACCGAGCAGCACCUACCACACGCAAUCGCAAUAUUCCUACGACAGUUCUAUGCGUACCAGCGACUACAGCGAUGAUGAUGAAUCGACCGGCACGGGACUCAGUGGUUCCAACUCCAAUUCACCGGCAGCCGCGCAACGGGCUCAUCGCCUAACCCAGACCCAAGUGCAAGUCACCUCGGUGGGCUACCAUGAGGAGACGACGGCCAAUGGCACCGCCAACAACACACACGUGACCACCACCAGGACGACACACAUUCAGACCCCCACCUAUACAUCGACUCUGGUUGUCAACGAGGUGCCCCAUUGAUGGAGGGAUAAAAACAAAGUAGAGAGAAAAAGGCAGUUGAAACUUCUAUGUAUAUUUAUAACAGAUUUGGUGCUCGUCUCCUCCCUCCCUCCUCCCUCGUUCCUCCUCCUACUCGUGCAACGCAACCUGCCACAAUUUCUCCGCUGUAUGGGAGUGUGUGUGUGUGUGGCGGUGUGUGGGUGCCCGGUCGUUUAUCUUGAUUAAACACAGAGAAAGAGAAAAAAACGAAUAUGUAUUCGAUAUUAAAAUUUAUGUGGCGCCCUUUGUUAAUUGACUACUUCAUAACCCCGCAACGGCAGAACAAAAAUGUAAAUUUUUUGCCCACUGUUAUGUCGCACAUACACACACACA